UGCAUAUGGAGCGUAACGUAGCCGUCUGUAUAUAAGUUGGCGUAACCGUCCAUUCUACACCGUAGUCUAAUACCAGCGAUUGUCAGACUUAAUAAUUUCACAAAAGCGAACGUUCCUCAUCUUCGCGAUCGUUUGCAACGGUGUCUCAGUUUGCGGAAACCGGCGUUAUUUCUGAGAUCACCGCCGACGACAGAAGCAAUCCAGCAUGAAGAUAUCACUUGUCAGCCUGCUUCUCGUGGCGUGUGUUUACGUACAACAUGUGACGUCGGGCGCUCACGUGACUGAUUUGAUUGAUGAGGAAGAGGUGGCAAUCUACAGCAGUAACCAACUGGACUAUGUAUUAAACAAAGGCGGGCGGGAGAAGCGGGCACUUCCGGCGAUUCCUGUCAUUGUGGGUGUGGGCGUGCGGGCAAUCAAGGCGCUCAAAGACCUUAAGAAGGCCAGGGACGCAGUAAAGGCGGCCAAGGAAGCUAAAAAGGCCAAAGAUAAGCUAUUAAAAGACACGAAGCCGAGCCCCACGAAUAGGAACCCGCGGGUCCAACAGCACAGGGACGCAAAGAAUGAUCCCGAAAAAAAGUUUGACUCCCUGAAACCUAAGGACGUGAAGUCGAUAAAGACCAAGGAAGGGGUUAAUAUGCGAGUGGGCAAGGUGGGCGACAACACGGUGAAGGUUCGGGACAGGAGUGGGACGGACCAGAAGGGUCCGCCAACCAUUGACAUGCACAAGACCGGGGUCAAGGCCAAGGCCCGCAUCACCACAAAAGUCCGCUUCGACAAGCCCACAAAGACACCGGAGCCCUCAGGCAAGAAGUCCGGAGGUGGCUUGUGGGGAGGUGGCAGUAAGAAAUCCAGCAGUAGCAGCAGCAGUAGUAGUAAGUCCGACUCCGGGGGAAGUAAGAAGUCUGGAGGCGGAGGAGGUUGGUGGAGAAGGCGGCGAUAGAUGGGCCACCGAAACAAGGAUGUGACAAUAAUAUUAAUACAAAUCAUAUUGUGCUGCAGCUCUUACUUUCACGUGUCAUGUUAUUGCUUUUAAUGUAUAUAGGAUACACUAUGGAAGUACUAGUAAUCCUUUUUAUGAGUACGAUGUCAAAUACGGGCUGCAUUAAGGUAUCCCUGUCAGCAUCCUACAUGUUAUUUUGCAUUUUGUUGUUUUUCCAAAAAAUAAAACCAGUAAUUGAC